AUGAGCGCAUUUGAGUCUCACUACGAUCACUACGGGACGUCCUCUCUUCCUCGUCUUUUUCAUCCCCGCAUCUGGACGUCUCUUUGGAUUCUUGCUCCCAUCCUCCAUCCUCAACGGGGCGUAUCCCGCUUCCCACCCCAGGAGACCGGUCUGCCGCUUUUCGGGGCGCGCAUCCACCUCGGCCACCACUGGUCCCCCGUCGUCUCUCGACCCAUCAGCUCCACUUGCGCCUCGCCUUCUCUCCUCAUCACCCCUUCCUUUCCUCCUUCAAAGAUGGCGCCUCGCGCCACUCUGCAAGACCAAGUGACGACGCUCCGGAACGAGCUCGAGCUCUCGACGUUUCUCAACAAGGGCGUGCUGCAGAGCAACUCGGAGUACAAGCUGCGCAUUGCUGAACUCGAGGCCGAAAACCAGGUCCUGCGUACCGCCGAGUCACGCCUGGCCGACACGGAGGACGCGCUCGAGGCGGCCGAGACACGCGCCCAGCGCGCCGAGGAGUCCCACAAGCGGUCCGAGGACCGGCGCGCCGCUGCCAACGCGCGCGAGCAGGACGCCCGGCGCUCGGCGGAGGAGGAGCGCGAUCUCUGGCGAGCACGCUACGACGCGCUGUUCAAGGCUACGACACAGGUCCAGAGCCUGCUCAACGCGGCGACGGACACCGAGCGGUCACGUGCAGGACCGUCGAUGGCGAGGAAGGUCAAACCCCGCGUCUCGGCCCCGCCAGCACCAGCGUCGCGUGGGAACCCGACAUCACAGGCCGUCGAGGUCAGCAUCUCGUCCCGCGCGCCGCGACUCUCCAGCUCGCGCGCGUCCGCGUCCGCAUCAGCAGCCGCAUCUGGCCCAGCCGAGACGGACGUGUCGCCGCUCCUGCGCGGGCCCAGCGCUGCGGCGCGUAAACGCCGGCGCGUGGACUCUGUCAGCGACAGCAACGACGACGGAGACGCGUACGUCGACAACGAACAUACCGGCCGCACACGACCGUCCUCGUCGCCUGCCCGCCGUCCGCCUCGACCACCAACACCCCGCAUCCCAUACCCGGCACCACGGAAGCGCGGGCGUCCCCCCAAGCAGCAGGAGAGCGACAGGACCAAGAGGGCCGCGCCGCGUGAUGACGAGCUGGUCAAGAGCGAACCAGAGAGUGAUAUUGACCCGCUGGCGAUGUAG